UACUUUGAGAACUCUAGCCACCUUGGCCUCCCUACACUUCCAGUUCCUUCACUCAGACUGCUGGACUCUGCCUGGGUUUCCCCUCCCUGUGCUUUGGCCUGGAAACUCUCUCCAGGCAGUAAGUUGGGGCAGUCAUUUCUUCCUCUCUCUAAGGGGUCCACUGUGCUGUGCUGCCUGAUGUCUAAGGUCUGAAAAUCAUUCUUUCAUGUAUUUUGUUGGUUUUUUUAGUUUUGGAUGAGUGAAUCCAGUCCUUGCUACACCGUAAUGGCCAGAGCUUACUAUAUAUUCUGUAAUUUAUAGGUUGAUAGAAAUGUAGUGAUAUGGCAGGUAUCAAGAUCACUGCUUUAAUUUGCUACCGAAAUAUACAGAUUCCUAGUUCUGUAAGAUAUCUAACCAGAAACCAAAAACAAACAAACACUUUUUGCCAUUGAGUUGAUUCUGACUUAUGGUGACCCCAUGUGUUAACAGGGUAGAAGUGCUCUGUAGGGUUUUCUUGGCUGUAAUCUUAUGGAAGCAGAUCACCAGGCCUUUCUUCUGUGAUGCUGCUGGGUGGAUUCAAACGUCCAACCUUUCAGUUAGUAGUGGAGCACAAACUGGUUGUGCCACCCAGGGACAGUAAGAGUACCCAAAACCACCCUAUGUGUCAGAUUAACUUUGAUGUUCCUCAUGCCAGAGUUAUAUAUGUUUUUUGCAUACGUUAUUCUAUAUUUUAUGCUGACAUAGGCUUCUGCAUUAGUAGUUCUACAGUAUUAGUUUUAUAAGACCAGAAUGCUUGGUCUGUUUGCCAGACUACCUAAUGUUAUUUGUCUGUGUAUGUUUGGUUGGUUGUAUGAUAUGGCCAUCAUCUUGCUUAAAAAAAAAAAACAAGAAAUAGAUUUUUAUGUUUUCUUUAAAACAUAGCUUGUUUAUUAUUAGUCAGAGAUCUGGAUUACCCACCAAGGUGUAUCUUUGAUUGCUGCUCUCGUUGAUAAGCCCCAGUGCCACCUGGACUUGGACACUUCAUAUAAUUUGUCAAUGAUUGCUGGUGUCAACUUGAAAAAUUUUAUAGCAUAAGAACUGGUAAUUGUUUGUCAGCCAGUCAUUUGCAUUCAGUAGUAUUUCUUUCUCCUUCUCUUGCUCCUCUGUCCCAGCAGGUAUUACUUUCUCGAGAAGAUACACUCACAGUUAGCACUUUCUUCAGAUGCUGACACUUGGUGAACAGCUGCUCUUAAUCACAAGAUUUAGAAGACACAGUGUCCACCCUUCCAGAUUGGAUUGGAUCUCUUUUCAUAUGGAUCUUCUAUUUGUAUGUCUUUUUUAAAAAGAACUUUUUUUGGGAAACAUUUUGGAUUCCACUAUUCAUCCUCAUCUAUGCAAAGAAAGAAAAGCUAUUACUGGGAUUUUGAGGAGGGAUGAGACCAGUGGAGUAUCUUAGAUGGCUGCUCACAGACUUUGAAGACCCCAGAUGCUACUUACCAAGGUUGGGACUGUCUACUAUCAAGCAAGAAGAUUUCUUUGCAUCUGCCCAAAGAGGAUGAAGUGGGAGCUUCAUAGAAAGACUGAUUUUUUUUCCCAUCAUAUAUGUCCCUAAAUGGUACUGUUGUGCAGUACACUUACUGUAUGCAGUGGGAAAUAUAAUUUAGGAGAUUUAAUUUUCUUAUCUGUUAUUGGAGACAGUAUCUACCUUUCAGAGCUGUGUACACUGAAAUUUAUUUAGUCUAAGCUUCUAGUAAAUGAGGAAUACUGAUUCAGUUGUUUUUUAAAAAAAUACUUUCUUAAGAUAGGUUUAGAAAAAUUUGGUCAGUGGAGAAAAACCUUUUCAAAAUUUUCUUAUAUUUUCCUCAUUUGUGACAAUGAAUCUUAUCCUAAAAGGAUCCUGUAAACCUUAGAAGUGCUUGAGGACGAGUGAUAAAGGCAAGUACCCAAAUCUUUAUGGUUAGUAAAAUUAACUUUGUUCGUGUCCAAACCAAAAAGCUUUGAUCACCAAAUCUAUCAUCAAAACAAUAAAAAAUUGGAAAGAAAAAUUUGAAAAAAAGAAGAAAGAUAAUUUGUAUAUAAUUUGGAAUGGUCUUGUAGAUUACCCUUAACAUUUGACAGAACUUUAAAAACAUAAUUUUUUCUUAUUUCUAAUAUUAAUUCAGAACAACUUAUUUCCUAAGUGUGAACUGGUGGUAUAUUAUUAUAUCUUUGGCAAAACUGGUAGAAAAAUUAAUUGUUCAAAAUUCUGAGAAUUUAACAGAAUUUGCUGAAAUGCCUUGUCUGUAGGUGACUGCCUUUCACUCCUUUUUUUUCCUUUUUACUCCUUUCUUCCUUUCCCCUUUUUCCCAGACCCUCUUUUCUCUUUCCACACUUUUUUUUAGGUUUGCUUAUAAGAACCUUACUUUUCAGAGAAGCUGAGUAAAUAAAAGAAAGGGCAAAAUUUCUUUCUUAACAAAGCACAUUUGGCUUUGCAGUUGAACUUGUUUGUGUUAAACCAGGGACCUCAAUAUAGUUACUUGGGGAAUUUUAUAAAUUGAGCAACAAUUAUUAUUUAUUUGAGUUUUACUACAGAAGAAAAUAGAGGCAUCCUAAAAAACUGUGUAUUAAAUUCCUUUAGUGCUUGUAUUCUUACUGUCAGCAGUUUUAUAGAAUUCUUAAUUAUUACGGCAUUCCAGUUUUUUGUAUUUUUGGCACAGAAUUUGAACUUCCAUAAUAUUUGGCAUCUGUUGAAAGGUAGCCUAAAGAUUUCCUGUUAGCCUACAAAAAAAUUUAUCAAGCUUCAAAAUUUUGACCAUUUUUUUUGUUUGUGCUGAUACUACAGCAGUAAUGCAGACGAUAGCUGUAAGUGUAAGUACCAAAUUGUGUUUUUAUAAGCAAUGCAAUAGAUUUUUUGUUUGUUUCAAAAUUGUUAUGUUACAACCUAAUGUUAAAAGCUCAUUUUGGGUUUCUUUAGGGCUCCAUGAUUUGGGAGCCUAUACUAGUUAAUAUGGUAAAGGCAAGUCUGGCCUUCAGAAAUCCCAGAAUUCAUUACUAUUCUGUUACUUAAUCUUUGCAGCUGUGAAGACAGCCUGUAUAAGCCUUGACUCAGAAAUUGAUACCUUCCUAGCUAGGUUUUUUCUUGGGAAAUGCUGGCAUUUGCUUGUCAUCAAUCAUUAUUUAGAAUUAUUUGAAAAUAAAUGAUAUAGAAGUGCUAGUACAAUUUCAAUUGAAGUUAACUACUGACAUUUUAAAUGUACCAUGUUCUCCAUUUAUUUUUAGUAAGAAGCCGCUUGAUUAGUUUAUAACAUUGCCCAAAGAAACAGAUUUGUUGAGUAAUAAGUUCCUAAUAUCUUUGUAUAUGAAACAAGUAGGUUAUUUGGUAUCUCAGCUAACCUUGACAUCAUUCCUUUAUUCGUGGAAUGUUUUAAUGUCAUGGGAUAAACUUCUUUUAUAAAUUUUUCUUCCAACAGCAACAACAACAAAGCAGUUGUAUUAUUUAGCUAAUGUAGUACAAAGAAGAAAAAAAGUAAACUACCUCCUCGUUAUCAGUGUGUUGCUUUCACAUCCUCCUAUCUUUUCAGGGUCAUUUAGUGCAAAAAGAGACUAGUUGAUGUACACUGCUACUGGAUUAGCAUAUCUUAGUUUCAUAGCCCACUUUACUCUGUGUAGCUCAGUGCUUUUCAAGAGUGGAAAUACUUCAGUAACUAUUACUCUGCCAGAUAAACUCAUGAGAAAAAAUGAGGAUAAUUAAGUAUAUACACUGUUGACAAAAUUUUUCCCACAGUGAGUCCCAGAAAACUUAAGCAGGGACCAAGGCAGCCAUUACUCUCAUAAGGGGUGAGGGUUUCUUUCUUGGCUCUCCCAAAGGGAAAGAAACCCCCCAAAAAACCAAACGCGUUGCUGUGGAGUCCAUUCCUACUCAUAGCGACCCUAUAUGACACAGAAGAACUGCCCCAUAGGGUUUCCAAGGAGCACCUGGUGGAUUAAGGGGGGAGAAAAAAGGCAAUGCACCGUCAGGAAAAGGGUGAGAUACCACAGUGAUAAGGCACGAUUUCAGUGGGGCCACAAAGAAUUUUGGCUAAAGGCAGUGACAUUUCCUAUCUUCUCGGUUGCUCCUCAUUUGCCUAGUUUGGGAACAAAGAAUUCUGUGGCAUUUAAAAAGUAGGAGGGUACUGGUGAGAGACAAAUGUCUCUAACUUGUGUUCCUGUUUAUGCUCCUGAGUCAUGACGAGGUCAGGAGAUGGGGAAAUAGGCAUGAGAGAAUAUAGACUGUGAAGCCGCAAUGCCAGGAACUAGGCAUCUGUAUCAUAUGGUAAAAAAGUCUUCCGAGACUAGUCGGCAGGAAACAGUCUCUAGUGGAUUUGCAUUCCUGUUCCUCCAGUAGCCUUGAGUUCAUAGUGAACUCUUACAUCCAGUUAAUUUUUGACUUCUAGAUUGCCACUUGAUGGCAAGACAUACUCCAGAAUAGGACCAGCAUAAUAACUUCAGUGGUGGUAACUUAGAUUGUUCAAGGUACUUGACAGUAUUGGGAGUUUUAAAGCCCUUUAAACAGAAAGUUGAGGAAAAAUAUGAAAAUAAAGAAUCUCCUAUGCAAUAUUUUGUCCUCCGUAGCAAAUUCUGUAUAUUAAUACAGUUUUGUUUUUUAUAGUUGCAGAAACUCAAUUAAAAAAAAGAACUUUCUAUUAUGAAAAAUCUCAGCCCAUGCCAUGCCCCUUCCCCCCUUUUUAUGCAUGUGAUCUCAGUAAUUGUGCUGAUCUUAACAUCUCUUAGUUUCAGCUUCCUUUUAAUUUCCUGCAUUUAAUACUGGUGUGUGGUUGCUAUUUGACCUUUCUCUACUUUUUCGUCAUACCCAGUUACUGUAUUAGUUCUCUGCUUUUGAGUUUGUGUGGAUAUAUGGGAAGCUUUUGUCAAGGAUGACACUAUUCAGAGAAGGGGAUUUCUUUGAAUCCCCUUUCUUGAUAGCUGGUACUGAGCAAAGCUGUAGCCUUUCUAAAGUCUCAUUCUAUCUGGACCAUUCACUCACAUGGUGCCAGAAAGGUCAUUUGUACUUCAGUAGAAAGUUCAACUUGUAGGAUUUGUAUUUCCUUUGCCUCUUCAGAAGAGCAAACUUGUCACUUCUAGUUACCAGUGAACUUGAUGACUGUGAAUGGUAACAAGAAAUACCUGUUUUUCAUUAAAAUCCACAUACAGUUAGAUUGAAGUAUCUACUUUUCACUAUUGUUGUUUGAAUUUACUCUGCUGGGUUUCAGCAUAUGAAUAAUUAACUGAAGUGACGAAUGAGAGGGGUUAAAUUGCCUCAGCUUGGCUGAACACACUGGAUGGUCUUUUCUCUCUUGAUUUCCCAAGCAGUGGCUGUUCUGUCAACUGCUGUUGUGGUGUUCAGUCCAAGAUGGCUCCUGUAGUAUCCAAUUCUUCAUAUAUUGAAACUUGUAGGGAUUUUUUUUUUUUAAACAUUGCUUUUUUCAUUUCCUGUGUACUUGCUCUGGGCUUUUUCUCCUAUUCUAGAAAAUAAUCAUUAUCCACUAUCUAGAAAACUGUCUUUUAAUCUUUUGAUUAAAGGUUGCUUAAUGAUAGUGCCUAUUUGUUUGGCUAGCUGCAUGUUUUUCUUUGUUGUAACACUGGAGUUUCUGCAUGGAUUUAUAAUAUGAGAUUCUUUUUUAUUUUUAUUUUCUUAUACAUUAGAUAGGCAUGAAGCCUCCGUCUCACAGCUGCAUGUGUAGUAACUGUUGAAGCAAAUGCCUACCUAAUUUGGCAGUCUUGGUGUGUUUAAAAAUUUUUGAGUUUGCAAAUAAGCAUAUUAAGUCUACUGAUGGAGCCUUCUGGCGGUGAACAGUUUUAUGAGGACCCUGAUCCUGGAGGCAAAUCCCAAGAUGCAGAGGCCAGAAAGCAGACAGACUCAGAACAGAAAUUGUCUAAAAUGACCCACAAUGCUUUGGAGAACAUUAAUGUGAUUGGCCAAGGCUUGAAGCAUCUCUUCCAGCACCAGCGCAGGAGGUCAUCAGUGUCUCCUCAUGAUGUGCAGCAAAUUCAGGCAGAUCCAGAACCUGAAAUGGAUCUGGAAAGCCAGAACGCAUGUGCUGAGAUUGAUGGUGUCCCCACACACCCCACAGCUCUGAAUCGAGUCCUGCAGCAGAUCCGAGUGCCACCCAAGAUGAAGAGAGGGACAAGCUUACAUAGUAGGCGGGGCAAGCCAGAGGCCCCAAAGGGAAGUCCUCAAAUCAACAGGAAAUCUGGUCAGGAGAUGGCAGCUGUUAUGCAGUCAGGCCGGCCCAGGUCUUCAUCCACAACUGAUGCUCCUACCAGCUCGGCUAUGAUGGAAAUAGCUUGUGCUGCUGCUGCAUGUCUACCAGGAGAGGAGGUAACUGCAGAGCGGAUCGAGCGGUUGGAAGUAAGCAGCCUUGCCCAGACUUCCAGUGCAGUGGCUCCUAGCACCGAUGGCAGCAUCCACACAGACUCCGUGGAUGGAACGCCAGACCCUCAGCGCACAAAGGCUGCUAUUGCCCACCUGCAGCAGAAGAUCCUAAAGCUCACAGAACAGAUCAAAAUUGCUCAAACAGCCCGGGAUGACAACGUUGCCGAGUACUUGAAGCUUGCCAACAGUGCAGACAAGCAGCAGGCCGCCCGCAUCAAGCAGGUUUUUGAGAAGAAGAACCAGAAAUCUGCCCAAACCAUCCUCCAGCUACAAAAGAAGCUUGAGCACUACCACCGGAAGCUCCGGGAGGUGGAACAGAAUGGGAUCCCGCGGCAGCCAAAGGAUGUCUUCAGGGACAUGCACCAGGGUCUGAAGGAUGUGGGGGCCAAGGUGACUGGCUUCAGUGAAGGUGUGGUGGACAGUGUCAAAGGUGGACUUUCCAGCUUCUCCCAGGCCACCCAUUCAGCAGCAGGAGCUGUGGUCUCAAAACCCAGAGAGAUUGCCUCAUUGAUUCGGAACAAAUUUGGUAGUGCAGACAACAUCUCUAAUCUGAAGGACUCUUUAGAGGAAGGGCAAGUGGAGGAUGGGGGGAAGACUUUGGGAGUGAUUUCAAACUUUCAGUCAAGCCCAAAAUAUGGUAGUGAGGAAGAUUGUUCUAGUGCCACAUCAGGCUCAGUGGGAGCCAACAGCACCACUGGGGGCAUCGCUGUAGGAGCCUCCAGCUCCAAAACAAACACCCUAGACAUGCAGAGCUCAGGAUUUGAUGCACUACUACAUGAGAUCCAGGAGAUCCGGGAAACCCAGGCCAGACUAGAGGAAUCCUUUGAGACGCUCAAGGAACAUUAUCAGAGGGACUAUUCCUUAAUAAUGCAGGCCUUACAGGAGGAGCGAUAUAGAUGUGAACGAUUAGAAGAACAACUAAAUGACCUCACGGAGCUCCACCAGAAUGAAAUCUUGAACUUGAAGCAGGAAUUGGCCAGCAUGGAAGAGAAAAUUGCAUAUCAGUCUUACGAACGAGCCCGGGACAUCCAGGAGGCCCUGGAAGCAUGCCAGACCCGCAUCUCCAAGAUGGAGCUACAACAGCAGCAGCAGCAGGUGGUGCAGCUGGAAGGGCUGGAGAAUGCCACUGCCCGCAACCUUCUGGGCAAACUCAUCAACAUCCUUCUUGCCGUCAUGGCGGUCCUUUUAGUUUUUGUCUCCACGGUGGCAAACUGCGUGGUUCCCCUCAUGAAGACUCGCAGCAGGACGUUCAGCACUUUAUUCCUUGUGGUUUUCAUUGCCUUUCUCUGGAAGCACUGGGAUGCCCUCUUCAGCUAUGUGGAACGGUUCUUUUCGUCCCCCAGAUGAUGCUGGUACAAGAAGGCAGCUGCUUCCCUACCCUCUGGCGAGUGCAUGCAGCGAAGGAUUAGACAGCAUCUUAACCUACUCUGAAGUUUUCUACAACAACAAAAGAGUUGAGUGAAUCUGUUUACAUUUAGAAUAAUGUUUUUUUCUUCAAGAGACACAAUUGCAAUAGUAUUUUUUAGAUUUUAUCCAAGAAGUUUUUUGGGCAAAAAUCUUGGAUCAUUUUUAUGUAGCAUGAUUUUCCUUGGGAUGCAAAUCUUCAACAGUCCUUUAACAUGAACCAACAAUCUGGAGCACACUGAAGGGCAUUCUAAAUUGUGGCUUGAAUGACUGCACUAAAAACCCACUAAAGAAAUGAGAAAACCUGAUUAGGGCAAACCAUUUGAACCUAGCACCCUGCCUUGUCUGGGCUCGCCACCUUUCUCCUUCCCAGACUAACUUUACUGUGAAGUCCUACCACAUUCCAUGUCUGAAUUGUUGGAUUCAGGGUGGAUUUUCCUUGUCCAUGGAAGAACACGUGGAUCUCCUUCACUUUCUCAUACAAGUUGGCCACACAUGCUAACCUUGGAAGUAUGGUCACUUUUGAACCUGGCACCUUAGCCUUUGCUAGGACACAAAAGUGAGAGCAUCAUGCCCCACAGGAUCAUUGCACAGUCCUACUACAGUAUUUUGAAGUAGCCCUCUAAAUAAUUUUAAGUGAACUCCUUUGGCCGCACUUUUAAGGUUUUGUUUUGUUUUUAAUAUGUGUAUAGUCACCAAUUUAAAAACAAAAAAUCUGAACAGCAUACUUGAAGAAUGUAAUACUCAAACUCUCAGUGCUUCCUUAUGGUUUCUAAUAGGAUUUUUUAUUAUUGUUAUUAUUAUUAUUGGGUUUUUUGGAAAGGGUUGGGAGGGUCUUUUAUUUUUUCUUUGAAAUAAAGAAGUGAUGUUUUUAAAUGAAGAAAUGGUGUGGAUACUUCAGUGUGCUGCUCCCUCUUGUCUUGAAACAGUUUGAGUAAAGUAAGACUUGCUGUAAAUGCUGCCCUCUGCCGCCCUUGUUUUGAGAUGCAGCUUAAACUCUCUCCUCUGGCUGCUGCUGCUGCUUUUUGGUAUCCCUCCCACCCCUACACGACCAUUUUAUGGGCUUGACUUGGUUGGAGAGGAAAGGGGUGUGUGGGGAGAGAGGGAGGCUGUUACCACAAACCAUUAUGGUAGGAUAGGGAUUUUGUUGUUUGUUUUUUUUUUUUAAUCCCCAAGAAAAUGUCUACCCAAUGACCUUGGGCUGGGGUUGUCUUUAGGAAAAAUUGAGACUAUUAUGAGAGUUAUAAAUAAUUCCUUAUGUUUCCUUAAUUUAUUUUUAACACCUCCUAAUUACUGAAACCAAAGUGAUGUGGAGUCUUCUGUCUGCAUUUUGGCCCCAGCAUCCUUAAUUUCAAAGCUUUAUUCUGUCUGCCUGAGAGAAUCAAAUGAAGGUGGUUCUCCCUAAAGAGCAGAAAAGGAAAUGUCAGAUUGGAAGGACCCAGGUUUUGGGUGUGAACUUUGGCCAGCUUCCUGUUAAUCUAGACUGACUUACUAGCAUAAGUGUGCUCAGUGAACAUGUACAGACAGUUUAGAAAAAUUGAGCCUUCUUCCGCAUCCUAUAACCAAUUUCAUCACCCUGGUGGAACUGGAAUUUUAGAAGUUUACCUGGAGAGCUUUGUUUAUCUUUUUAUAGUAUUUGUAGUAUUGGGUCACACCUGCUGUUCCCUCUUGGCCUCAGUUUGUGCAACCAAGUGAUGAGCAAGGGGCGUAUAAUAUGUCCUGAAAAGUGUAGCAAAGCAUGUAUUGCAUAUUUCCCCCAUACCAGGAAAUGCUUUUGGAACUAGAUUAGCAUUGCCCUAAGAGGAUGGUUUACAGGACAGCUCCAGCCUCCUUUUGUUUGGACAGGCUGGCCUUCUCAGAGUCAGCAUGUUGUUUCCAUAAUCACUUUGAUAUUUUAACUCAGGUACCCCAAUCUUUGCCCACCUCCAGAUGAUUGUAGUACACCUAUUAGCUCUUUUGCCCUCACAAAAUUAGCACCCAGAACAGGGACCACAUGGGUGGUUUUUCUUUUAAAAUAUAAUUGCAACCAAUUCAUAUUCAUACCAAAAACAAAUUGUUCCCAAGCCUAUAUACUUAAAAUGUUAACUUUGCCUAAAAACAGUGCAGUGACCUUAGGCAGACGUGCCAAGGGACCCUAAAAACUGGUCGAAAUAGCACAGAUUCUCCUCCCUUUCUGCUUUAGCUAAACACUCAGAGAAGAGAGCCCCACAAAGUUAUUGAAAAGAUACUUUAUCUGCAAUCCUCUAAUUUUUCUAAGUUAGAGCCUUGGAGUCCCCUAAGCUGUGUAGAGGCUACUAAGUUUGGUGGGCUCUGGAAGAUGUAUUGAAAGCCUUCCCAUUUGCCUUGGGACAGUUUCUAUCAAAGGGAGAUUUUGACCUCUGGAAGGCCCCCUGGGCUCCCAGCCAAACAGGCCCACACUGGCUUUCCAUCCUUCUUUCUCAAACUGUCUUAGGAAGGACCUUCAGUCCAGGUUAGGCACAGUAAUGGCUUUCUAGCUUUCUUGUCCCCUUUAUUGUUGACUGGGCCCAACAGUUGUCUGCAUUUAAUGCUAUUAGUAAUCAUGCAUCUGUUUUCAUGCCCUCCCUCUCUUUCUACUUCUGCCGCCCAUCCCUGUUGCCUUUGAGUUUCUUUGCAUCGUGGCUAUUCCUAAGUUCUCUUGCAUAUUCAGUCUAACAGUUUAACAAUUGUUCUAUGGUUGGAAACUUACCCUAGCUUUAAUGCUUCUUCUCUUACAAAGACUGUGUGCAUUCCCCUUGAAAUGAAGCAUUCCUGGAUUACUUGUAAGUGCUGGUGCCUAGCCUGGGUGAGUGAGGCUGGCUGGAUUGGCCUGGGUGAUGCUGUUCAAGCUGUAGAAUGACUAACAUUCUACACUUUUUAUGAUAGUUGAAGGGCACUUCAGCCUGCCCCAAUUUCAAUUCCUUGGUAUAUGUACUCAUUGCAUCCUAGUAAGGAAGGCUUUCUACUCCACUGGGUCCUUAAGAAGCAACAGUAGGUUGAAUUCUACACUUACAGACUGGAAUCUUCUGUCUCUCCUGUACCUCUUCUACCCAAUUGAGGCAAAAAUCUGAUGCCAAGAAAAACACUGGGAUUAAGCCUUCCUUGCUAGCCAUGUACUAAUGGUGUAUUUUCAUGUGAUCUUCACUGCACUUGGUUUUGUUUCUGAUUUCUUGUUUCUUUGCGGUACAGUCAGAUGAAAUGUUCAAUUCUGAGUGAGUUCCAGUGAGGAGCUGUCUUUCAGUUUUGGGAAAUAUGCAUCCGAAACAAAACCAAACAUUAUAAUCAACAAACUGACACAGGGAAAAUUAUGGUUCCCACCCACCCAUCCCCAACCCCAAAUGAAACUGGGAAUUUUGAAUGUGGCUCUAAGAGUUAACAUUUCUGUCUGUGUGUUGUGUAUGCUAGGUGAUACCCUCAGUAGGCAUUGACUACUAGACUGUAAGUGUGUAUUAUCAAAGUGUGUAAGAAUAAAAACUCACUUGCACGAAUUGAAAAGUACAGAAAUGACACUUGUGAACGUGUGAACGUUAACACUGUAGUUGAUAGAUCUUAAGCUGCUAAUUGUUGAGAGAGAAUUACAUUUAUGUUUUGUCUGGUCGCUGCAGAUUCUCAGCAGCACUUUUACUGUAUAUAAAAAUUGAAAUAAAGACCUCAGCUAUUAA